AUGGCAGUGCCCCAUGAAACGGAGCAGGAAGUGAAGACACUGCUAAGUCCUUCCUGUGCCCUUGGCAUCAACCUUAGACUGCAGAAGGUGCUGAGCCUGCUUGAAGAGAAAGGGUUGGUGUACAACACAGUGGUGUGCCCUUCAGCCAUGGUAUGCCACCCCCAGAACAGAGGUGGCAGCAUGAUCAACCCAUACAACUGCCAUCGAAAAGGUCAAGACAUCAUUGCCAGUGGUGUGAAGCCUGAACUGUUGGCACCAAAUUCACUAGCAGUGGAAAUGGCUUUGGAGCCUGCAGCCAAGUCUUCUCAAAUUGCAGCCAAUCAGAAAAUGAUCUUGGAUGCCAAAGGCCUGUUGGCACCUUUGAAAGGUGAUGAGAGAUUUUGCACCCUUGCUAACUCUCACUUUGUGCAAUGGUCAAGAGCUUUGGAGCAUGGCUGUGUUGGACCUGAUGGAAUUCAGUUGACACCACCCUUGGAUAUGAAACCAUUGCUUCUGAAUGGAUGGUCCUGGAAAGUGAUUUCAAAUGAUGCUGAAAGGAUGUUUCCCGAUCUUCCAGCAUUUGCUGCCAUGGCUAUGAACAGCCACAAUAGCACCCAGAUUGCCAGCAAUGAACUGGAGUGCAUGAUGCAGUUGGGUGAACUGUACUCUGGUGGCAUGAAGCUGGAUGAUGCAGUGAAAGCAGUGCAGCAUAGUGCACCAGCCUGCAAAACCUAUUUGGAUGAUGUGGGCCAUUUUUGCAAGAUGUACACUGGAGGCGCCGCCUUUCCCUUGCUCAAAUGCCUGGACACUUUCUGCACUUUGCCAUUCUUAUUAGUAGAUUUUGGUUUGAAAUUUGGAUUCUUAGGCAAGAAACAUGGUCAUUCAUUGCUGAUUGGAGAAGAGAUGAUGAACCACCUGGCUUUCUAUGACUUCAAGAUUCAAGGGAGAAGCAUGGCUCUGACCAGGGUUGCUUUAGCAGCAGCCAUGCUUUCCAGCAAAAAGCACCAAGAUGGGAUUUCAAGGCUGAUUUACAAGAGUGACUUUGAUAAGCUCAAAGGCAAGGACACCACCAGAAAAGUGGAUGAAGUGCUGAGUUCACUUUGGGAUCAAGUGAACCAACCCAAUCUUGAUUGGGGGUACAUGUGCUGGUGCACUGCUGCAGUCAGGAUGGUUCUUCACAUUCUUCAGAAAGAGAAAAUUGCCAAGCAGGAUUCUUUUGAAUCUUUUGAGAAAAUAGUUCAGCAUUUUGCUGAUGACCUCCAGGCAGCCCCUGUGAGCUUGCAAACCCAGCCUGCACCAAGUGAACCUUUUGGGAGUUCCACUGGUCCAGUGGUCAAAGAUAUGGUGAAAGCAUCCAACAAAGAAGUGGCAUUGUUUCGAAACAGCCACAUCAAACUUGGAGAGAAGUAUUUGAACAGUGACUACCCUGACAAAAUCUUCACCCUCCAGGCUUUGGAUGAUUCAGAGGCCAUCUUUGAACACAAGCCCUUGUUCACUGCCAGUGAGAUUGUGAAGGAGCAGUUGGAUUCAUUGAAAAAGUGGAGGCCUACCAAAAAAGAGCCCACCAUCAUGUGCCCACAGCAGCUUUGCACUUCAAGGCUGCCACACAAUGUGGAUACUGUGCAAAAAGAAAUUGAAAAGGCAAUAGUCAACCAGCUUCUGAUGGAAGCCUACAUGAACAACAAGUUGGCUGAUGACUCUUUGGUGGGGUUUGCUUUGCACCCAUCCAAUUUGUUUGUGAUGAAGAAGCUGAAGAAGAAGGAGUUGAAACUAUACCCCCUUGGCACUUGCUCAGCUGCUCCAGAAAAGGACCAAGCUAAUUUUUUGGAGAAAACCAAGAAUGUCGUGGUGUGGUUCAAUGAGAAGCCCUAUUUGAUUCAGCCCUUCAAGAAUUUGAGCAGCUUCACAAAACCUGAAAGUGGCACAUUGUGCCCAUACUUUUGGGUCAAAAGUACUGAGGCAGAGGAAGACAUCAAUUUGCAGACAGUUUGGGUGAAUCACAAAGGGUUGAAGAUUCCAACUCUACAGAAUGAGGAUGCCAUCCAAGCACACACAGUGCUUUUGAAGUCUUCUGGGCAACAGCCUAAGGGAGCUCCAAAGGCCAAGAAGGCCAAAACCUCCUAG